UGAUUUGAUGGAGAUUUGGCUGCUGUUUCUAGCAUAGUUUGAUCAACAAAAUACAGUCUCUUGAUUCUUGUGAUUGUAGUAUCUAUAUGUAUGUGUUGCAGGUACCUUUACACGAAUAUUGUAUCAGUGGAGCAUUUUAUGUUUGUAUAUGUGACUGAAGGAGUAUAUUAUAGUUGUGUAUUACAGUACCUGUGUGUGUUUGGCUGCACUUGUGUAAUGAAUGUGUACAUCUAGAAAUAUCAUUUGUAUAAACUGAGCAGUUAAAUGGCUUCCUAAUUGCUUGCCCAUAACUUUAUUCUUUUUCACUCAAUCCUGAUCAGUAUAAAGUAAAAAGAAAAAAAAAACCAAUUGUCACUGGCUCACGUGAGACAGCUUGUGUACAUCUGUCACUUCUGCACGUGCACAUGCAUGUACAGUAGCAGUAGUAUAUAGCUGUGUGUAAAAUUCUGUUCAUAGCUAAUAUAUAUAUCUAUAUCUGCCCAGAAUUAAUAAUAAAAAAGAGAAAACAAAGAAAAUAAAGUUUUUCAAUUUAUCAGAGUUAUAACACAAGAUUUAUCGAUGCAUAUUACGUCUGUGUGUGGUCCUAUAACGUGCGAAACUGUAUAUGUGAAUCGAAAUUAGAAGUAUUAGUACAGACUCGCUGAAAGUCUUGUGAUUCGGUCCUAAUACUGCUACUACAUGAAACAUAAUGGUUAUUCAGAAAGGGUUAGUGCGUAAAUGGGCAGAUGUAGUGAGAGUAAUUUUUUUCAUACCACUUUCUUAUUGCCAAUUACCCGUUCAGGAGUUGUAGAUAAACAAUUUGUGCCUGAGGAGACAUUAUUGUGGGAAUUAACUGAAAUUAAAGCAUACCCACCCACACAUAGACACACGCACAUACAUACAUACACAGAUAAACAAACAAACAAAAAGAGGGCGUGUGAAAGAAAUAUGGACUUUUACGAAAUAGGAAUUUGAAAAAGAAAAUGGAAAAUGUUUUGGGUGUUUAUCUGGAAGUAAUAUUUUCUAACGGAAACUUAACCGAGGAACAGAAAAAGCUAAAAACAAAAAUAAUUGCUGAUUGAUAAGAUCUAUUUUCCAAAAUAAUAUCUACCAACUUGGUGUCUGGAAAUUUCUUACUCCUCUCAUUUUGAUAUUUUAAAAUUGCUUCUGUUGUUUCUUCAAAUUAAUUCGACAUUCUUUAACUUAUUUUUGUAAAUAUAACAUAUAUUUAAAUAUAUUUACAUGAGAAAAUCAUUAAAAAUUACCAAUAUAAAAGGAGAACAUCGCUGGAUGCUAUGGGUUCUUCGUCAAAUAACAACUCCGAGAUGAAUGUGCCGGUCUCUCGGUAUUUGCUUGAAGAUUAUGUUAACUACCGUCUAAGGAGGCAGGGUUUUACCUGGGAAAACUGUCCCUGCUUUGACCGCCGUCCAAGUAAAGUGGCAAUCAGUAUGCGUGCCAUGGCCGAUGAGUUUGAGGAAAGAUAUCAUGACCAAUUCUCAAAUAUGUGCCAACAACUUCAUAUUACUCAGCAUACAGCUUAUUGCACUUUUCAGGCUGUUAUUAAUGAACUUUUUAGUGACCAGACUAUUAACUGGGGUCGAAUUGUCGCCCUAUUCUCUUUCAGUGGAGCUUUAUCCCUUCAGAGUGUUGAGAAAGAAAUGCCUUAUCUUGUGGACAACAUUGUAGAAUGGGCUCAUACGUACUUAACUGAUAAUUUGAACCCUUGGAUAAAUGCACAUGGUGGAUGGGAUGGAUUUGUGGAAUUCUAUGAAAGUGGACGUGACAAUCAAACCGGAGAUAUUUGGCCAUCAUUAAGAAAUUUCUGUGUUUUUGCAACAGGGGCGUUGGGAUUCUUGACACUAGGGGCCUUUCUGGCUCAGAAGUCCUAGCAUUGAGUUGUUUUCUUAGCUGAGUUUUAAGCUAAGCUCAGUUCAAGUCUAGUUCCAAUUUUACUCUGGCUCAGAUAUGCUCUGAUCCAGAUGAGAAUCAAGUACUGCAACAAAAAAUGAUUUGAAUCCAGCAUGGUACACAGAAAUAUUAAAGCAAAAUAACCCAGUCAUUGUGUUUGAUACAGAGUCUACCAGUCCGGUGAGAGUAUGCUGAAAACAACAACAAAAUGGCAACAUCCUCAGAUUCCUUAAAUUUCUUCUCACUUUCCUGAGUAUAUGUGUCUGUCUGGAGUAGGGCGUGUGUGUGUCUAUACAUACAUACAUACAUAUAUAUAUAUAUAUAUAUAUAUAUAUAUGUUACAUUAUUAAAUGUACAUAU